AUGGAUUCACAAACUCAUACAUCGCCCGGCGUAACCACGCGGGACUCUGGGCUACGGCUGCCUUCCACUACAAACCCUCCUGGGCCCCAGAAUCCUCCAAAGCAACUCGUAUGGCUGAUCUUUGGCGCCACAGGCCAUAUUGGUCGUUCAGUGGUGAAGUCGGCCCUCGGCCACAACGACCUCGUUGCAGCUGUUGGCCGUACAUUCGAAACGACUCCCGAGAGCAUGGGACGUCUUCAACAAGAAAAUAAGAAUUGUCUCGGUCUACUGUGUGAUGUCCGCACCAGAGAGACGGUCAAAGCAGCCAUUGACCGCACAAUUGCCCAUUGGGGCCGAAUAGACAUUGUGGCCAACUGCUCUGGUUACGGUGUGAUUGGGGCAUGCGAGGAUCAAGAGGAGUAUGAUAUACGAAAUCAGUUUGAAACUAACUUCAUGGGCACGCUGAAUAUCGUGCAAUUAGCCCUGCCGCAUUUCCGGGAACGCGGAGCAGGGAGAUAUAUCAUUUUCAGCUCGACUUCAGGCGCGCUGGGCGUUCCUGGGUUAGGGCCUUACUGCGCUUCGAAGUAUGCGGUGGAAGGACUGAUUGAAAGCAUGUUAUAUGAAGUCGACUGUUUCAAUAUCAAGUGCACGCUUGUUCUGCCGGGCCACAUACGUCGUGACGACAAUGACUUGAUACCUGGAAUGCCUGAGAAUGCGUCAAAUUACCUCACCUCGCCGUUGCCCGCCUUUGGACAUUUUAUGAUAAAGCCGGCUAGUGAGCCGUACAGCGGAGUCACGGCCCCCGCGGCGCAUGCGAGACGUAUCUUGCAAUGGCUGGGUGACAAACCGCCUACAAGUGCAGUGAAAUCUGCAGAGCUUGUGUGGCAGCUGGGCCACUGUUCUUAUCCGCCAUUGAGGCUGCUACUGGGCACAUAUGCGGUAGAGAGCAUCAGGGACAGGCUGAAAUGUGUUACAGAAGAGAUAGAGGAUUGGAAGCAUCUGAAUUUUCCUUCAGCCGAUCAGCCACCACAGGCAAAUCCUUCCAAGACUGAAGGGGACUCGGCGAUUAAAGAAGCAGACGAUCAAUUGGCAUCUAAUGAUAUUCAGGUAACGGAUUAA